AUGUUGUCAGUCACAUGGCAUGAAAAGUACUGCCUCUGCUCUGUUUGCAUUUAUGAAUCAACAGAUGUACUUGCUUUGAAGAAACACACUCAUUUCUUGAUGGGAAGAAAAUUCUUGUUUAGUUUUUCACUUAUUUUUUUAUGUAUGGGAUUGUCACUAACUUUGGACCAGAUAUUUGCCAAGAAGAAUGUAAGCUAUCAAACAUCUUCAAAUAAAGAAGUGGUUGUAAAGAGUGAUCAACAGAAUAAUGGAGAUAUGAAACCAAUCCAGAAUUUCACAAUACCAAUCACACAGGCCCUGUAUCACAAUCCGAGCAGACAAGGGCACUUAGAAAAAGAACCUUGGAAUGCUUUCAGCCACAGUAGCCCAGUUAAUGUCUCCAUGGAUGGAAUCCCCUGCAUUCGCUUUUGGGCCAAAAGGAUAACAAUUAAGUUUAAGAACCAGACCUGGCUGGACCUUACAGAGGAAGCUUUUGGCCAGAAGGCAACAGUGGAUGCUAGCAACUCAAACUGCAGUGAAGAAAGUGCCAAGUUGUCUCUGAAAUUUGAUGAUGCUGAAAAUCCCAAAGGUCUUGAUAUAAGAUUCACCCUUACCCAUUACAACAAGUUUUCCAUGCAGAGCUUUUUUAGUUUGCACCGAGUUGAGGUUAUUUUUAACAAUUCGAUCCAAGCAACUUUUGAUGCCACCGGCGCAUAGGCUCCAUCAAGCUACUCCUACCAGUGCCCUCUCAGCAGCCUGCGGGGGUAUGAUGCCCCCUUGCUGCCCAGCGACAUGGAUGAUGUGUCACAGCUGUGGGAGGUCACUUUUGUUGAUUUCCAGAUCCAAGGCUUUGCCAUCAAUGGAGGACAGUUUGCCAAGGCCCGAGACUGCGCCUCGUCCUUCUCGCCAGCCAUCCCGAUUGGCCUGGCCAUGUCCCUGAUCCUGCUGCUGGUUCUGGCCUACGCCCUGCACAUGCUCAUCUACCUGCGGGAUCUGGACCGGCACUACGACCUCAUCACCUCUCCGGCCCACUUCCCCCAGUUGAAAGCUCGCGAUGCAGCCGAAGAGAAGGAGCUGCUGCGGAGCCCGGGAGUUGAACGCUACGAACUGAGAACCCAGCAGAUCUGCAAAAUGUACGUUUAG